AUGCCAUUAGCUCUCAGAAAUUUGUUUGCAACUAUUUUGGUUCAUUGUAAUUCAAUGGAUGUUAGAAAGAUGUGGGAUACAUAUUACGAGGACAUGUCAGAGGAUUUUAGAAGGAUACAUGAUAACUCUCCUGCUACUCAACUACAAUGCACACUGAAAAGCAUCAAAUAUUUCUUAGAGAGCAUGAGCAAGAGAAUUCAAAACUUUGACAUACCUGCAGCUAAUCAGGACCUGGAUAAUAAUAGUCUAUCAGAGUGCCGGGAAAUAAUUGAAGAAAGGUCUACAAAGAUACCUGCAGAAGAUUUCGACGCACAAUCAAAGUUAAAUGCAGAACAAGAGCAAGCUUUCAAGACUAUAUUGCAAAGAGUAGACUCUGGAAUAGUAGGAUUGUUCUUUGUAGAUGGACCUGGAGGAACCGGAAAAACAUUUCUUUAUCGUGCAUUACUUGUAAAUGUCAGAUCAAGAAGCAUGAUAGCACUAGCAACAACAACAAGUGGUGUAGCAGUAGCAAUUUUACCGGGGGGUCGAACUGCUCACUCUAAAUUCGACAUACCACUUCAAACAACUGAUACGACAAUCACAAAUAUGUCAAAACAGAGUGGUAGUGCAAAAUUGAUAAGAAAAGCAAAGUUGAUAAUCUGGGAUGAAGCACCUAUGGCAAAGCGUCAAACAAUUGAAACUGUUGACAGGAGCUUUAGAGAUAUAAUGGAUAACGAUGAACCAUUUGGAGGCAAGGUAAUGGUUUUUGGAGGUGAUUUUCGACAAGUACUACCGGUAGUCCCAAAAUCUACGAGAGCUGAAACAAUAAAUGCAAGCUUAGUAAAAUCGUACUUGUGGCAUAAAAUGGAAAAGAUUAAGUUAACAAAAAAUAUGAGGGCAAGAACAGAUCCCGCAUUCAGUGAUUUUCUACUACGCAUCGGUGACGGGGAGGAACCAACCAUAAGAGACAAUUUGGUACAACUUCCAGAAGAAAUAGUUGUCAAACAUAUUGCUAAUAGUACUGCCAAAGACUGCUUAAUAAGAGAAAUAUUUCCGUCAUUAGAUAAAAAUGCAAGUUGCUACAAAUACAUGACAGAAAGAGCUAUUUUAGCAAGCAGAAAUGAAUAUAUUGAUCAACUAAAUGAGAAGUUAAUUUUCAAGUUUCCUGGCGAAAGUAACAUUUAUUAG